GGAAAAGCGCUAUGAGAACACAUUCCAGGCCGAGCGGACCCCGUCCGGGACAAUAAGGGGUGGGACAAGACUGCUCGCUAUUUAAAAUCUGUAAUCUUGUCUCCAGAUCAGACGCUGGAGCUACGACAAAUGUUGAUACUAAAUGAAAGCGGACCUGCGGCGACUUGCGUUGACUUUUGAAGACGUCAAAGCGGAAGGAGCCUGGUGCGGGUCCGAGGCGCCGACGACCGGAGCUGUAGCAUUCGCUUUAUCUGCGCAGAUUCGGAGCCAGAUGCGAUAGGCUCCGGCCGUUCGCGGACCCAGCUUCACUGUCAUUUGUCCGAACUCGACGCACUCGGUUCACGCUUUGGAGUUCGGGAGGAACAACUGCGCGCGCGUUUCUUUCCAGCAGCGAAGGAUGUGAGCUGGAACAUCUGCACCGCUCACGGCGAUCGAAGCGCAACUCCACGGGCUCGAGCUGUGAAAUGGAGCCAGUCGUGGUUUAAACUCACGCUUUUCCCCGACGAACGAGUGAAGCGAACCCUGAUAUGCGGCAUUUGCGUCUGUGAAGUUGAAGGACGAGCACAAAGCAGCGAUGGGAAGCUCUGCUCUCCUCACAGCGGUUGGAAUGUGUGUGUGGAUCGCUACCAUCCACGCGGACACCGAAGACGUCAGAAACAUUCUCUGCGCGUGUGAGAACAAGAAAGGCACCUGCACGAACGGAACCUGCACGGGGCUCAGGUGCUUCUUCACCUGGUGGGACGCCACCGAGGAGAGAGGAUGCUUCUCCGAGAACAUCAUGGAGCACUGCAACACCGCCUUCCAGGGCAUCUACAUCCACUGCUGCAGCUCCAACCUGUGCAACGCCGGCACCACGGCCCCUCCGGGCGUCGGAGGAGGCACGACGACCGCCCCCCCAGAACCGCCCGGUCCGGAGCUGUGGAUCACCGUGUGCCUGCUGCUGCUGAUCGUGACCGGCACCAUGUGCGGCCUGGUGCUCUUCCUGCGCUUCCGGCGUGCGCGCUGCAAGCUGAGCAAAGCCGGCGACCACGACACCACCAUGCUGAAGGUUCCCUAUGGAGACGACCCCACAUACGGCGAAAUCUUUGAUGAAUUUAAUGAAUCAGGGAGUGGGACGGGGCUGCCCUACCUGGUGCAAAGGACCAUGGCCAGGCAGAUUUCACUCGCCCACUGUGUCGGUAAAGGACGCUACGGCGAGGUCUGGAGGGGAACUUGGAUGGGAGAGAGCGUGGCCGUGAAGAUUUUUUCAUCCCGGGACGAGCAGUCCUGGUUCAGAGAGUCGAAGAUCUACAACACUGUGCAGCUGCGACACGACAACAUCCUGCGUUUCAUAGCCUCCGACAUGACGUCCAAAAACUCCAGCACCCAGCUGUGGCUCGUCACCCACUUCCACGAGCUGGGCUCGCUGUACGACUUCCUGCAGCACAGCAGCCUGGAGCCCGAGGGCUGCCUGAGGAUGUGCCUGUCCGUGGCCUGUGGCCUGGUGCACCUCCACACCGAGAUCGUCAGCUACCAGGAAAAGCCCGCCAUCGCCCACCGGGACCUGAAGAGCAGGAACAUCCUGGUGAAGCGGAACAGACAGUGCUGCAUCGCGGAUCUAGGUUUGGCCGUGAUGCACUCUCAGUCCCAUGACUACAUCGACGUCGGCAACAACCCCCGCGUGGGGACCAAGCGCUACAUGGCCCCCGAGGUGCUGGACGAGACCAUCCGCGUGGACAUCUUCGAGUCCUACAAGCAAACGGACAUCUGGGCUCUGGGCCUGGUCUUCUGGGAAAUCACCCGCAGAACCAUGGUCAACGGGAUUGUAGAAGAGUAUCGUCCUCCCUUUUUCGACCUGGUGCCCUCAGAUCCCAGCUUCGAGGAGAUGAAGAAGGUGGUGUGUGUGGACCAGCAGAGGCCCAGCCUGCACAACAGACUCCAUUCCCAUCCGAUCCUGUCAGCUAUUGUGAAGAUCAUGAAGGAGUGCUGGUACCAGAGCCCGCCGGCCCGCCUCACAGCCCUGCGUGUGAGGAAGACUCUCUCCAAGUUGGACCACGACAGCGACUUCAGCACUGACAAACUCAAGCAGGAUAUUUAGUGCAGAGCACACAGGACACAUGGUUCGUGUAUCACCUUCUCACACGCAGCUACACAGCCUGCAUCACUGCUAGAUCUAUGUGCAUUUCUGCAGCCUCACCUUCACUCUCUGCCACAUUAAUGGUGAUUCCAGACACGAAGCAUCAAAAGAGAAACAAUCUAAACAUAUUAAGAUAUUUUCCUUUUGCAUUGUUCGUCUAAAAAAAACUUUGGAUGUAACCUCUCACUGCAUAAUGGAAAACGUAGCAUAACGCAAUGAAUCAUCUUCUUAUCUCAAGGAGGAGCUUUGACAGAGGAUGGCAAUGACACAAUACAAUGAAAUUAUACAUGUGGAUUUUUUCUAUAGUGACCGAAGCCACAGAAAACUACAGAGAUAACACACCCUGACUGUGGAGAUGUGAGCACACACUCAAAUCAGAGCACAUCUGCUCUGUAACACAGAACGAACACACACUGUGCUAUGUACAUGUAGAUAUUCAUACAGCACUUAAGCUGAUAUCUCACCUUUGGAUGUAUUGUAAAUAUAUUUUAAAAGGUUUCUACUAUAAAACACACUUGAUAUACUUUUGUAAGACAUUGCAUUUUUUACUUUUAGAUAUAUAUUUUUCUUUAGACCUGAAAUGCACCCGUCACUAUGGCUAUUUCACAAACACGGGCGUGUAUUAUUGUAUAUGUCGAAUAAAGGAGUGUAUUUUUCAAGCGC